AUGGAUGGUCAGCAACACUCUCAGGAUACCACUGUCAAGACAGAACCUCCUCUGGAGGAAGUCGAGACCAUGACACAGUCCAAUCCAACCUCAGAAGACCAGGUCGCAGGGGACCUCGAUUCCUUGCUCGGGGUCGGCAUGGUCAACCAGGAUGACUUGGAAAGGGAUAUCAUGGCCAAGGCCAGCAAGGCCCUCGAUGCGAAGGACAACGAACUGGACAAAAAGCGAUUGGAAAAGACCCUCAAGAAUGCAAAGCACAUCAAGAAACUGGAGGGAAAUCGCAAGAAGCUGGACCGGAGUUCCUUUGCAUUAUCCAAUUUGGAGGAGCGUCUAGGCGAGUUGAAUGAGGAACUCGCACAGGCUGAAAAGGAUGAACAGGAUAUCAAAGAUCGAAUCCGUGGGCGAAGGAAUGGAGCUCCUCUAUCAACUUCAUCGACAUCUACAUCUUCUGGACAGCAGGAUGGCGAAUCUCAUCGAGAGUAUUUGAUCAGGACCGGAAAGAUCACACCGUUUGCUGCUGUGUCAGGCCUUGAAAAGUCAAAGCAGGAUGCACCUUCAGGAUUCACAAUGGCAGGUCCCUCAACCACAGACCAGUCUCCAAAGUCACACGUCCACCUACCACGACCAUCAUGGAGUUUGAUCGGUAAGGAAUCGAAGGCAAAGAAUCAAAAAGAAACCUCACGGAGCAGUAAUGCUCCUGCAGAGCGGUCCAGUAUGAGGAAAGCGCGGAACAAGAUCGCUUCCAGGAUAGAUCGCGACGAUGAUGAUGAUUUUAAUGACAGUGUCAACGGUGACGACGACUAUAAUGAUUCGGAUGCGCUCGAUCCAGACUUUGUGAAUCCGGAAGGAGCUGAUAGCGAAGUUGACUCAAAGGACGACAGAGCUUACUCAGAUAUUCCAGAGACUUCUGAGGAUGAUGACUUCAAAUCAGUGGAUCAGCUGCUGGAUGAAAAGUCGUUGAAAAAAAGAACUAAAGGAGGGACGGCUUACAAGUUCUUGUGCGAAGAUGACGGGGAUGAGAUGCAUUACCAGAAGCGUCUGUCCGACUGGGCACAGAAAAGGAGGCACCUCCGCUGGAGAGUGAACCACCCGGACGCGUCCAUGGAGACCGACUUGAGCGAAAGUUGGGAGAAUCCAGAACAAAAGCUGGACCCAGCCAUCGAGAUGUAUAAUCCACACCCGAAUAUGCCCGACGCGGAACUGGAGGGUGGUUACAAAAUUCCAGGAGAUAUUUACUCCAACCUAUUUGACUAUCAAAAGACUUGCACGCAAUGGCUCUGGGAACUGCACUGUCAAGGUGCCGGUGGGAUCAUUGGUGACGAAAUGGGUCUUGGCAAGACGAUCCAAAUCAUCUCGUUUCUGGCAGGCCUUCUUUACAGCGGAAAGUUGGACGCUCCUAUCAUCAUUGUCUGUCCAGCAACACUAUUGAAACAAUGGGUUAAGGAGUUUCACCGGUGGUGGCCUCCGAUGCGUGUGGCCAUCCUUCACUCGAGCGGAAGUGGUAUGCACAGCAAGGUUGAAGCCGAGGAAGACCUGGACGCCGAUUCUUUUUCAGAUGGAUACAGCAGCGGCGGUCUGAGGAAGAAGCGAAAGGCUAAGAAGCGUUUCGGAGGCGGACCAAGGCGAGGAAGGACGGCAGCAGAGGCUGAAGAAAGGACAGUGGCAGACGACAUUGUGGACCGGAUCAGCGCCAAGGGACAUGUUAUCGUUACGACCUAUGCAGGUCUUCGUAUCCAUUCCUCGCGGCUUCUUCGAAAGAACUGGUCAUACAUUGUGCUGGAUGAGGGUCACAAGAUCAGGAACCCCGAUGCGGACAUCACGUUGACGUGCAAGCAAUUCAGGACACCGCAUCGCAUCAUUCUAUCCGGUACCCCUAUUCAAAACAACUUGAACGAGCUCUGGUCCCUCUUCGACUUUGUGUUCCCUGGACGACUGGGUACUUUGCCUGUGUUCCAGUCUCAGUUUGCAAUCCCCAUCAACCUUGGCGGAUAUGCAAAUGCCAGCAACAUUCAAGUACAGACAGCAUACAAGUGCGCCUGCGUGCUGAGAGACCUGAUCAGCCCGUAUCUUCUCAGGCGAAUGAAGGCCGACGUCGCAUCCGAUAUGCCCAAGAAAUCAGAGCAGGUCCUAUUCUGCAAACUGACUCCGCCCCAGCGCGCAGCAUACGAGAAAUUUAUAAAGUCGGACGAGCUAACAUCGAUCAUGGAAGGGAAGCGACAUGCCCUUUAUGGAAUCGACCUCGUGCGCAAGAUCUGCAACCACGCCGAUAUCUUGGGCCGCGAACAUCAUAAGGACGAUCCCGGUUACGGCGACUACAAGAAGAGCGGCAAGAUGGUGGUCGUGAAGGCACUUUUGCAGAUGUGGCAAAAGGAGAAGCAUCGCGUGCUUCUGUUCUCUCAGACGCGAACCAUGCUUGACAUCCUGGAAAAGUUCAUCAAGAGCGAGGGUUAUGUCUACAGGCGUAUGGAUGGCAUGACACCGAUCCAGAACCGAAUGGGACUCGUGGACGAGUAUAAUGCGAGGGAUGACAUUUAUGUAUUCCUGCUGACGACCAAGGUUGGAGGACUGGGAGUCAAUCUGACAGGAGCGGACCGUGUUAUUAUCUUUGACCCAGACUGGAACCCGUCGACGGACAUUCAGGCACGAGAGCGAGCAUGGCGACUUGGACAGACGAGGGCUGUGACUAUCUACCGCCUCAUGACAUCUGGAACGAUCGAGGAAAAGAUCUAUCAUCGCCAGAUCUUCAAGCAGUUCCUGACAAACAAGAUCCUUAAGGACCCCAAGCAGCGGCGAUUCUUCAAGAGUCAUGAUAUGGCUGAUCUGUUUUCGCUUGAAGGCGAGAAUGCAGUUGGUACAGAGACAGGUGGGAUAUUCCAGGGGUCUGAAGUGUCUAUCAAGACCAAACCGUCCAAAGGCAAAGGACGGUCCAAACGAGGCGGCGAUAGCCUGGAUGAGCUUUCGAGACUGGACGGUGUUCGCAAAGUCGAGAAGUUCAACGUACCACGCGAGUCCAGCUCCCUUCCAGGCGGCGUGAAGGGCGAGGAGGACGAAGAGCUGAACUUCAGGCCGAACAAGGAUUCAGCUGGAGAGACUUCUCAUGAGGGCUCUGAGGUUAAUAUUCUUGCCAGCCUUUUCGAGUCUUCGGGCGUUCACAGUGCACUCAAGCACGAUGAGAUCAUGGACGCUGCGAAACAAGAAAAUUUGAUCGUGGAGCGAGAAGCGACAAGAGUCGCGGAGCGCGCAAUGGCGGCACUCAAAGAAUCGAGAAAGCGACGCCGGCGACAGGACCUCGAUGUGCCGACUUGGACUGGCAAGUCUGGAUCUGCUGGUGCACCAAAGACGUUUUUGAUGCAUCAGCAGUCGUCAUCCUCAGCAGUAUCGUCGACACCCAAGCCGAGGUUUGGAACGGCCAAUACGUUUAAUCCAAGUGUCGCCGCUGCAUUGAAUAAUGGUAAUAACGGCAGCUUAUUAAAGUUUGGUCGAGGAGCUGCGGGAACGACAGACACAAGCCGACCUCAAUCUGGAUUUGGAGCAUCAUCUUUAGAUGCGGCCAGCUCAUCGUCUUUACUGGCGGGCAUGAUGGAGCGCAAGCGAUUGGAACAGGAGAGUUCAAGUGCUGUGAGUACGAGCUCGCGAUCGUCCUCGCGCGAUUCCUCUCCCACGAUUUCUGACGCAUUUGUUGCAACGUCUGUUCUUCAGGACGGAACGCGCGAGAAUUUGAUCAUGAAGAUCCGGGACUACAUGUUGGACCAUGGCGGACGCGUUCGAUCUGCAGAUUUGGUGGCGCAUUUUCAACACCAACUAGCAGAAAUCGAGCAGAUCGUAUUUAAAAAGAUGCUAAGGGGCAUUGCAGUCUUUGAGAGAUCGGUGACCGAUGGUCAAGGAUGGUGGAAACUCAAGCCUGACUACUAUUAA